UCAACGCCCUACGUUGCAUCAAUCUCCGCAUUCCUGUUGGGCUGCGUUUGGUAGUCCGGAAGACGCCAACCACAUAGCUCAGUGAACUUACAGUACUUUUUCUUUCACCUUUUGAAUUUUUAAAUUUUUAAUUGAAAUGGCAAGAAAUUUUACCAAACAAGGAACUAUGGACACUCCUAGUACCAUCACCCCCGGCUCAUUUUAGCAACACACCUUGUAGUUCUCCAUCAUCACUUCCAGAUUUUGAAGCGGCUGAUACCUCACGCUCCUCAGUCCUCUCUCUCUCUCUUCCACUGAGAGAAUACUGAAAAGAAAAACUGAGGAAAAACAAGAGAGAAGAAUGCUGGUGAACUGAUCUUCUCUCUCUCUCUCUCUCUUUCUCUCUCUGAUCAUUGCAUGAGGUAAUAGCUACCCGCAAUUUAGAUACAGAUCUUUGUAUCUACAGCCGCAUUUCAAGCAGAUCUGUGCAGCCCCAGUAUUAGGAGAACAGAACAAAGUAGAAAGAAAAUGCUGAGUCGGCCUUCGUUGACGUUGUCUAGGAAUGGAAGUUUCAGGGCUGAAAAUCUUGGUCAGAAUGCUCUGGCAAUGAUAGGGAACCUCUGUUUCACUUUAUUUGUGGUUGGGGUUUUAGUUUUCACUAUAAUUGCCGCUACUUAUCAGCCUGAGGAUCCCUUGUUUCACCCUUCCUCAAAGAUCACGACGUUUCUCACAUCCGACUCCAAUGCUACUUUUAAGUCUGAUAUUGCUGUUGUUAAGACCGGUGAGGACUUUGUAGCCUCCAAUCAGACCGCAUUCGACACGUUUAUUAACAUUUCGGAUGUCGAUUCUGCAGUCGUAUCCACGGAGCCUGAGGAGGUAGAGGUGGCCUCUGAGGCUCGGGAUUGUAGGAUCGAUGACCCGAUUAACUGUCGUGAUCCUGAUGUGUUCCAUCUCUUGAUGAGGUCUGCAAUUGAGAAGUUUAAGGAACAUCAUUUCUACCGGUUCGGGAAACCAGUUCGGGGAAAUAAUGAUAGUUCUUGCCAUAUGGCUUGGCGGUUUAGGCCCAAGGAAGGUAAGGCUGCUGCAUUUUAUAAGGAUUAUAGGAGUUUUACAGUUGUAAGGUCAGAGAAUUGCACACUUAGCGUGGCUGGAAUAGGAGACUAUCAUUCGGGAGGGAAUGCCAGGAAGAGGAGAGGGAGAGGGAGGGGAAAGAAUCGGGAGAAGGAUAGGGAGGGAUUUGAAAAGGUGCCUGCAAAGAUGGAGGAUAAUCCUAUUGCCCUGCCGGAGGUUGGGGAAACUGUGAAUGAUGCGCUUCCUACAGUCGAAUCGGAGAGUUCGUUUAGUCAAGGGAAGUACUUGUUAUAUUCUGGUGGUGGGGAUAGGUGCAAGAGCAUGAAUCAAUAUCUCUGGAGUUUCAUGUGUAUGCUGGGCGAGGCACAGUAUUUGAAUCGUACGCUAGUGAUGGAUCUGAGCAUUUGUUUGUCUAAGAUCUACACUUCGUCAGGACAGGAUGAGGAAGGUAAAGAUUUCAGGUUUUACUUCGACUUCGAGCACUUGAUGGAUUCAACAUCUGUCUUGGAACAAAAUCAGUUUUGGUCGGAGUGGAGCAAGUGGCAAAAAAAAGAUGGAUUGAGUCUCCACCUUGUGGAGGAUUUUAGGGUCACGCCAAUGAAGCUAGCUGAUUCUAAGGAUACGUUGAUCAUGAGGAAGUUUGGAUCUGUCGAGCCAGAUAACUACUGGUACCGAGUUUGUGAAGGCGAGACAGAAUCUGUUAUUGAACGGCCAUGGAAAAUGGUUUGGAAGUCGAGACGGUUGUUGGAUAUUGCUUCUGCUAUUGCUGCGAGAAUGAAUUGGGAUUUUGAUGCCGUUCAUGUUGAAAGAGGGGAGAAGGCAAGCAACAAGGAGCUGUGGCCUAAUCUCGAUAGAGACACUUCUCCAGAAGCCCUUUUGUCGACAUUGAACUACAAAAUUGAAGAUGGAAGGAACCUGUAUAUUGCAACAAAUGAGCCAGACACAUUUUUUUUUGAUCCGUUGAAGGACAAGUAUUCCACUCACUUUCUUGAUGAAUAUAAAGAUCUCUGGGAUUCCAACAGUGAUUGGUAUGCUGAGAUGACUAAGCUCAAUAAUGGAAAUCCAGUCGACUUUGACGGUUACAUGAGGGUAUCUGUUGAUACUGAAGUGUUCUUGAGGGGGAAAAAGCAGAUUGAGACUUUCAAUGAUCUGACUAAGGACUGCAAGGAUGGAAUCAAUACAUGCACGUCUGCCAGUUAAUUUACAAACGAUGAGGUUCAGUACACAUUGAUGCUAGUUUUGGAUAAUGGCCUAUGUACUCUUAUGUCAUGUACGUGUUGAUUUCCCUUUUUCGUUUUCAUUAUUGAUAGGUUACUUUGAGAAGCUUUCCACGAUAUUUGUACUUCAAAGAAACCGGCAUAUUUGUUUCAUUGGUUAGUGUCGUGCAAACUGUUGCAAUGUGCCUGUUAAAUUUCACUUCUGCACCGGUGCUUCACCAUCCAAUCUUUAGGUGCAAAACUAUUACUCCAUCAACUCUUGAGUACAAUUUUCUU